GAUCAUCGUGUAAGCCUGCUGCAGACAGCUACUGGGAAAGGGAACGGUGUGCUUUGGAACAAAUGCGUGGGAGUUGUUUUCCACUAUCGCAACCUUGCUUUUCCUAUUUAUCUGACGACACAAAGGCGCAUUGGACGCUUCUUACUGAGGGGAAGCUGGGCGUAGAAGAACCGGCACAUCAGUCGACAUUGAAAACUGACCAAUUCUAUCGGACUAUCACUUUUUAUUCAUUCAUUUACACUAUUGGAAUCUGCAAGACACGUAUCUGUUUUGAACGUGGCUUUCAAAUCAAUGGACUUGAGGUAGUGGGUCUCAAUUUGAUUCUUCAGUGCUAGGAGUUGCCAUUGGGAGAUAUGCGAAAGGAUGUUUGGAAGCAGUAACAGUAGCAGGUAACCGAUAGGAUGGUGGUCGGGGAAGUGAGUGGGCACAGCUACUUGGUGGCGUGCUGGCAGCCCAUAUUGAUUCUCAUGCUAGGCACGGUACUGUCUGGAUCCACCACAGGCUGCCCCUCUCGCUGCGAGUGCAAUGCCCAGGAGCGCUCUGUCAUGUGCCACCGUAGGAAACUCAUGACUGUCCCUGAAGGGAUACCCAUAGAAACAAGGCUGCUGGACCUUAGCAAGAACCGCAUCAAGACCAUCGGCCCAGAUGAGUUUACCAAUUACCCAAACCUGGAAGAGUUGGAGCUCAAUGAGAACACCAUUUCGGCCAUUGAGCCUGGAGCCUUCAAUAACCUGUACGGCCUGCGAACAUUGGGGCUGCGCAGUAACAAGCUCAAGCUCAUCCAGCUGGGUGUGUUCACGGGCCUUAGCAACCUCACCCAGCUGGACAUCAGCGAGAACAAGAUCGUCAUCCUGCUGGAUUACAUGUUCCAAGACCUGUACAACCUCCAAUCCCUGGAAGUGGGUGAUAACGACUUGGUGUUCAUCUCCCAUAGGGCCUUUCAUGGCCUCAGUGGCCUGGAGAACCUGACGCUGGAGAAGUGUAAUCUGACAUCCGUGCCCACAGAGGCCUUCACCCAUCUCCACAGCUUGAUCAACCUGAGGCUCCGCCACCUCAACAUUAACGUCAUCAGGGAUUACUCCUUCAAAAGGCUCUACCGGCUCAAAGUAUUGGAGAUAGUCAAUUGGCCCUACCUGGAUACCAUGACUUCCAAUUGCCUCAAUGGAUUGAACCUGACCUCCCUGACCAUUGCCAGUGGCAACUUGACCUCGAUUCCUUAUGUGGCUCUGCGGCACUUGGUCUACUUGCGCUUUCUCAAUCUGUCCUAUAACCCUAUCCACACAAUUGAGGGGAAUAAGCUCCACGACCUUCUGAGGCUCCAGGAGUUUCAUCUGGUUGGAGGCAGGCUGGCAAUGAUUGAGCCCUACUCCUUCCGGGGCCUUAACUACCUGAAGAUCCUAAAUGUGUCGGGAAACACUCUGAGCACGUUGGAAGAGUCUGCGUUUCAUUCGGUCGGCAACCUGGAGACCCUGGCACUGUAUGACAACCCCCUGGCCUGUGACUGCCGCCUGCUCUGGGUGUUCCGCAGACGCUGGAGACUCAACUUUAACCGUCAGCAACCCACCUGUUCCUCCCCUGAGUUUGUCCAGGGGAAAGAGUUCAAGGACUUUCCAGAUGUUCUGCAGCCCAACUACUUCACAUGUCGCAAGUCCAGGAUUAGGGAUCGCAAAGCUCAACAGAAAUUUGUUGAUGAGGGAACCACCGUUCAGUUUGGCUGCCAGGCAGAUGGAGAUCCUGCUCCAGUGAUCAUGUGGCUUUCCCCGCAGAAGCAGGUAAUCACAACCAAAACAAUCGGAAGGCUCACAGUGUUUUCUGACGGUAACCUUGAGGUGCGUUACGCCCAAAUCCAGGACAAUGGUACAUACGUGUGUAUAGCAAGCAACGCAGGCGGCAAUGAUACAUCCCUGGCUCACCUCCACGUUCACAGCUACUCACCUGACUGGCCACACCAGCCCAACAAAACAUUCGCCUUCAUCUCCAACCAGCCCAAUGAAAACGGUGUCAAUGGGACACGAGCCAAUGCCCCUUUCCCCUUUGACAUUAAGACCUUAAUCAUUGCCACAACCAUGGGAUUCAUAUCUUUCUUGGGUGUGGUCUUGUUCUGUCUGGUGCUGCUGUUCCUGUGGAGCCGGGGGAAGGGGAACACCAAGCACAACAUAGAGAUCGAGUACGUUCCACGCAAGUCAGAUGCUGGCAUGAGCAGCAAUGGAGCAGAUGCUCCCCGCAAGUUCAAUAUGAAGAUGAUUUAGAGGGGGCUAUGUGGUGGACGAUUGUGAUGUUGGGACAAAAAAAAAAAAGGCAAAUAUGUCUACUUAUCCCUUACAAACCUGUGGAACCUGGAAAUCAUAGAGUAAUUUUUUUCUGGACUGAAGCACUUGAGAGGGAUGGUCCUUUGCUUUUGUGAUGCGCCCAUGAGAACAAUGAGAGCUCUGCAGAUGCUCCAGAUCAUUGGCAUAUUCUCUGAGGACUUCAGCAAAUUUUGUUGUAAACGGUUCAUAUUCCUGUGGAUUUAUAUUGGGAAAAAAAUUGUGAAAAAAAAAACAAUGAGAAACACUUGUAUGUUCGUAACUAAAGGCAGAAUGCAAAAGGCAGACCAUGUUUUUGGUUUUUGAAAUCUUUUUGCUUGUCAUUUUUUGUUUAUUUCUUGCUAUCAAGGAUAAUGGAAUUGUGGUUUUAUCAAAGAGUAAAAAGUAGAUUUGUAUGGGUUGAUGAGCACAUUUAAAUAACGAUGUACUUCUAAGAACAUGAUGAAGUGCAUUCAUGACAGUGGGUGUUGAUAAAAUGCCAUAUCAGUAACAUAGUUUCAUAGUGUGUACGUAAGAGUAUCCUGACAUUAACCUGCUCUACCAAAGCUUUUGGUUCUGUAAUAGCUGUUGUAUUUUCUGGUCAAAACACCAUAAUUUUAACUGUACUGUACAUUGUGUCAUUCAAGUAUGAAUUUUGUAACAUGCAUUCCUGCUUUUUCAUGAUCUCAACAACAUAACUGUAAAAGCAUCAACAGAUAGAAACAAAUUGGACAGUAAACCAUUAUUUUGUCACUUGAUCAAGAUUUAGUUUAAAAUGAGUGGGGAUGAAAGAGUGUUUUAAAAUGUUUACAUCCAAGUACUUGUCCGUCUAUAAAUAAGUCAUUGAUGGCGGGAAGAGCUUUGUGAGGACUAUCUUCCAUAGUUCAGUAAACCAAUGUAGUACAUUACACUUAUUCCUCCUUCUCUUCAGAGGAUGAGUCAUAAGACAUUUUAAGGUAACACAUGGGUUCUAUUCUGCACAUGAGAACGACUGAGAGUGCAACCAUACUGUGCUCCUCAUCCCAUGAAUGUGCAUGUAUACUAAGUAUCUGUUUACCUUACACCUUUUACACUGCAUACCAAAUGGUCUUAUAUAGGGGUUUUAUGUUUGUGGGUAACAUGAUUAUGGAAGAUGGAAGUAGCUGUACUUUGUUUGGAUAAUGUGCUCAACAACCUGUAAAAUGUUUAUUUUUAAUCUAACAUUAGUGAGAUUUGAUCUUUUAUUGCAACUGCAAAUAUUAUUUUUCUCUUCCCUUGCAAACCAUGCAAAAAUGUUCCAGAGAAGGAUUAUUUUGUGGUUAUGUUUCCAAACAUUAUGUGAAGAGUUUGAGCAUAAAAGAUACAAAAUGUUCAUUCAGCUUCUGGAAGAAGAGAACAGUACUGUACACCUUUGCAAGUCUGUGUACAGAUGGGCUUUGCGGGUGUGUGCAAGGAUAACAUUAUGAUGGACGACCAAAACGGUAAUGGGUUGGAUGUAUGGAUGGAAAUGCAGGGACGCAGAUGGUUUCACCCAUGGAGCCAUCUGAAGCAGGUUUGACGUAAUCCGUUUUAUAGAAAAGCCGUUUGCUGGGGCUCAUGGUUCUCUGUGACUGAAUGCUCUCUGUGUUCAUUGUGGCUACUGUACUUAGCCUUCUUUUCUGGUCCUGUCAAUUAAUGGGGAUAUGUCGUUUCUUUUUUAUUUUGACCCAGGACUAUGUUGUACAUGUAGUCCAAGCCAACUUUUAUAAAAAAAAAGUUACAAAAUAUAUUUAAAAACUACAUUCAAAUUGUUCUGUGCAAUAAAAGUAAUAUGCAGAUUUUUUUUUAAUUAACAUUUUAUUGAUGUUAUAUUGUUGAACAUGUGGUAUGUUGUAUUAAA